UGGCUCGCCCACGAAGAAGCAGCAGGUCGCAACCUCCCCAAACCAAUAGUAACAGAUGCAUACCAACGACGGGAGAACUACGAAAAAGCAUGUUCGGAACUAAAUAAGAUGUUAUUGGAAGGGAGAGAUGAAUAUCUAAAUCAUGGGUUGGAAGUGAGAGAUACAUUCAUACCCUCCACAGUAGCGGAGGGAGAGGGAGGGGGAUAUGAGAUUCCCGUUCGGGUGUAUAUACCACUUCCCAGCUCCACACAUCCACAACCACCUACCGACCCCAAACCCGGGAACGAGGGCGAAAACGUAAACACAAAUGUAAACAACCCCAACUCAAAAAACACCUUAAUACUCUACCUCCACGGCGGCGCCCUACUCCUCGGCUCCCCUUACACAGAAGACCUCACCUGCCGACGUAUAAGCCACUCCCUUUCCGUGACCAUCUACUCCAUCGCCUACCGUCUGCUCCCCGAACACAGCGCCGACGACGCUUUGUCUGAUGCUCUGGUCACUUUCAGGUAUCUACUUACUGCGUAUCCGGAGUAUGACGUGGUGGUGGUAGGUUCGUCAUCUGGGGGACAGUUGGCGGGGCAGGUUGUGCAGAUUAUUCUGCGAGAAGGGAGGGUUGGGAGAAAAGGGGGGGAUNCGCUGGAGAGGUAUGGAUGGAAGACUGCCACGAGGGUUGUGGCCGCCAUCGUGGGGGGGGUUCAUGGCUGUAGGCAAUGUUUGUAUUAAGGGACGGUUGCCGAGGAGGAGGGGAUGGGGAUGGGGAUAGGGGGGAUGGGAGGAUUAAAGGGGUGCUAUUGAGAGGACCGGUGUUGUGUGAUGCUUCGAAUCUAGAUUUCUUACCGGAAAGGUUUAGGGGGAUGCAUACUUCCCUCUCUACUCCCUUUUACACAUCACUCCUCUCCAUCCCGGCUUUAACACCUGAAAAUCGGACGGUGGCACCUCUUCCUUUAGAACUUGCCUUCUCAGAAUCCAACCUCUCAAACUCCUCCCUUUCAUCAUCCCCCAUCCCCUCCAUAACACCCCCACCCCAGCCCAAACACUACAUCCAAGUCUGCACCAACGACAUCUACUACUCAGACGGCGUGCUAUACGCUGAAAUCCUACGCGAACAAGGGGUCGAUGUGCGACUUGAUGUUGUGGUGGGGUACCCCCAUACGUUCUGGUUGAAGGCUCCGUUUUUGGAGAGGGCGGUUAGGGCGGAGGGGGAUAUGUUGGGGGGGUUGAGGUGGAUUUUGGAGGGG